AUGGUUCACCUCUCUGCUGUCGUCAGCGCCGGCCUUCUCGGUUUGGCGUCUAUCGCAUCUGCUCAUCCCGGCCAUGAUCACAAGGCCGAGGCCGCUGAGCGCCGCAAUUUCGUGGAGAACGCCCAAUUGCAGACUCGCAGUCUGUCCCAGUGUGCUUCAAAACUCAAGGCUCGUGGUCUCGAGAACAAGAAUGUUGCCCGCCGUGAGAAUGCCGUUCAGCAGCUCCGCCGUCGUCGCGGUCUCAAUACUGCUGCCAAGUUUCUCAAGGCUCGCGAUCUUGACAGCGUCUUGAGCACUUCCCACAAGUCUAACUUGACCAAUGUCGACUUCUCGACCGACCCCAGCGUUCUGUUCGGAUCUGAGGCCACCUGCAUUUUGGCUCCCGAUGUCACUCAGGGUCCAUACUAUGUCACCGGUGAACUCAUCCGUGAGAACAUUGUUGAGUCCCAGGGAGGCGUUCCCUUAUACAUGGACAUCCAGUUGAUUGACACCAACACCUGUGAGCCCCUGCCAGAUGUCUACAUGGAUCUCUGGCACUGCAACUCUACUGGUGUCUACUCUGGUAUCCAGGCCAGCGGCAACGGCGACUCGUCCGAUUCUUCCAAUCUUGAUGCCACUUGGCUCCGCGGUAUCCAGGCUAGCAACAGCGAUGGUAUUGUUCAAUUUGAGUCUAUCUUCCCUGGUCACUACACUGGCCGCGCUACUCACAUUCACGUCCUGACUCACCCGGCCAACGAGACCUAUGCUCAGGCAAAUGGCACCAUCAACGGUCUCUACUCUUCUAGCACCUCGCAUGUCGGCCAGCUUUUCUUUGACCAGGACCUGAUCACUGAGGUUGAGAAGACUUCUCCUUACUCGACUAACACCCAGGACCUGACCACCAACUCCGAAGAUAGCAUCUUGUCUGAGGAGGCUGACACCAUCGAUCCCUUCAUGGAAUACGUUCUCCUGGGCGAUGACGUCUCUGAUGGCAUCUUUGCUUGGAUCACUGUCGGUGUUGACAGCACCGAGGAUAGCGACGUGACCCCUGCUGCUUACUACACUGAGGAGGGUGGGGUCGAGAAUGAGAGCUCUGGUAGCGGCAUUGGUGGUGGUGGUGGCGGCGGUGGUGGUGGUUCUGCCCCCGGUGGUUCCGGUACUACCAGUGCCAGAGGUGGCCACAGCACUUCUUCUUAA